CAAUUGAUGCUUUUUUGCACCAAGGUCGCUCUUUGACGCUGGAAUUGCAAUCUUCAGCAAGAUUCUCCACUUGGGGUGCUCUUGCUUCUUGAAUUUGUGAUUACCAUAGAAGCUAGCAUUGAGCAAACACCUUCAAGUUAUUGAAUAAGAUAGGGAGAGCUUGAAGCCUGUGCACAUAUUGAAUGAGCACCUAUAAGCUGUAGUAUAUAUGGAUGAUGGAGAACUCGAUAUUUCAAACCAGCUACUUAUGUCGAACUCUGACCUAUCUAACAACAUCGAAGAAUUCCUGAGGAACAUCAAGACUUGCGCCCACACCCAGGUCCUGUCCGCGUCUGAAGGAGAGAGAGAGGAGGAGGUGAAGAGGCCUCGGAAGCCAUUAGGAAACCGAGAGGCCGUUCGGAGGUAUCGGGAGAAGAAGAAGGCCCACACUGCUUACCUUGAAGAGGAGGUGAAAAAACUCAGGCUCGUAAAUCAACAUCUAACGAGGAAAUUGCAAGGGCAAGCAGCAUUAGAGGCCGAGGUUGUUAGGCUCAGGAGCCUUCUUGUUGAUCUUCGGGCAAAAAUUGAUGGCGAGUUGGGUGUUUGUCUAUGUAAGAAACAAUGCAGCGAGAUUGGGAAAAUUCUCGGGUGGGAUAUUGAUCACCAAACUAGUCCUAACAAUGAAGAUUCGAGGCAUAAUUUGGCUGCAGCUGCUUCUCUAGAGGAAUAAUCUAAUUAAUGCCUGAAACGGCAACGUUUCGAGUUCCUCGGUAUAAAUAUUUUUUUACUUGCAUUAAGUUUUGUUUCCCAUCUGUUCGGCGUUCUGUUUGAAUGAUCAUACCAUGUUGAUGUAGGUAUGUGUAGAAAGAAAUAGUAGAUCUAUCAUUGCAAAUAAUGUUCUAUAGAUGGAGAGAACUUCCUACAUAUCAUGUGUUAGGGAGUUUAU